GGGCUAAUGAAGGCAUCCCUGUUUCCCUCUCGAAUUCUCUAAGUUUAGUCAAAACAAUGAAGCUAAAACACUACUCUUUCUUCGCUCUCCUCCCAUUGAUCUCUUUGAUCUUUCUUCCCUCCCUUGUCUCGUCUCAGGCCUGUCAAAGAGCCUGUGGCAAUGUCCCGAUGAAGUAUCCGUUCGGAACUGGCGUCGGUUGCGGUGAUCCACGCUUUCAGCAAUACGUAACUUGUGACCAACAAACACUCACCUUGAGGACACACACCGGAACCUAUCCCAUAACCAACAUAGACUACAGCAACCAAGUCGUAUACAUCUCGGAUCCUUCGAUGUCGACUUGUGGCAGUUGCACUCAGCCUAGCAAAGGCUUCGGCCUAGACUGGGAUGCGCCCUUUUCUUUCACAGACGACAAUAUUUUCACUCUCCUCGACUGCUCGACCACUUCGUCACCCAUUUUCCGAUCCAACAGUUACAAUGUCGAUAACAGUAGCGCCGUUCCCCUGUGUGAUAAACAGGGUGCACCUGUUUGUAGUUACUUGUACUCUUGCAGGGCAAUUAGCAUGCUCAAUCUCCCGAUUUCCUCGUGCUGCGUUUACACGCCGGUCGAUCUCGGCCCGUCAUUCGAAUUCAACUUGCAGAAGUUGCAGUGCUCUUCGUAUUCCGCUUUCUACAGCUUCAGUGGCCAAGAAUCAAACCCUGAUAACUGGAAGUACGGAAUAUCGCUUAAAUAUAAAUUCAACGUGUAUAACAAUUAUCCGAACCCGUGUGCCGAUUGCGAGAAAAGCGGUGGAGUCUGCGGAUACACCGGAAGCUACAAUUCGUUUAUUUGCAACUGUCUUAAUGGCGUAAACACCACUUCUACUUGUUACUUUGUAUCAUCGUUCAAUAAUGGUCUGAGGCUACUCCCACUGCAGACAGGAACUUUGUUGAUGUAUCCUCUGGUAUGGAUUCUGGCCAUGGUACUGCUAUAGGGUACCACUCGGAGAAGGGCAAAAUUCCAAGUUCCAGAUUGAAUUAAAAUGUUCAAAUUUGACAUUGCUUUGUUGUUUCAAGGACUUUUGCAAUAUGAUAAGGGGAAAUGCUUUUAUUAAUUGUUGUAAUUUAUCUUCAUUUCAAACAUAAAAAAAGGGUUUAAUUAA